CCCAUAGGCAAUUAAAGCCACCGUUCGCAGGCCACUAAGGCGUUAGGGGAACGGGCUUAGUGUCGCAUUCCCGUCCAUCCCUGGAUUCCCGCGAGUCAGAGAACUGUUCGGAAAUCUGACACUGACUUUCUGCCGGACGUGUUCCGUCGAAGGUUUAAUUAAAAACAAAAAUCCAUUUCCUUUUGCGCCCAAAAGAGAAGAAAUAAACAACCCAAAGAGAGAUCGGAAAAGAAAGCUUGGGGCCCCGAUCCAGCCAAUUUCCUUCAUUCACAUCACCGCCAUGGACAGCAAUCCUCCCGGCUUCCCGACUGCGAUGCAGCAGACCGCGGCUUUUCCUGUCACUACUCAAAGUCCCCAACAGUUCCCUUACUAUCCGAAUGCUAUGCCCUCAUUUCCCCAGCCUAAGAAUACACCUCCCUCCCAUAUGACUCCCCAGCAACAACAGCUACCGCAUUCUUUCAAUGCCAUGCCUCUGCAGGCCGGCCCCGGUGGAGCAAUGAUGCCGUCUGGCUUUCCCCAGCAUUCACAAGCAGGACCCCACGCCAACUUCACGGCGCCAUUUGCCCAGCCACCUGUCCCGACUUCGAUGGGCCAGUUUAUCCCUCCCCAAGCGACUUCAGCUGCUGCGGUUCCUGGGACUGCUGCACAGUCAUUCUCCUCCAAUAUGGCCUCAAUCUCCGCGAACAAUAUGAUUUCCGCGCAACAACCGAGACCGACCCCCCAGCCCAAUUCAGUGCCAAAUUCGUCCUCCGCCCCCCAGUCGCCUGCCGCGGCUGCUCGGGAGAAAGCCCGCGUCUCGAUUCUCUUGGAGAUAAAUUCGAUGUUGCUGCAGGAAGUCAUGAAUCUUCAGGCAGCGGGCAAGGCUGGAGUCCCGCCUACGCAGCAGGGCUCUCAAGAGUCUAACCCGUCCCCGACGUCGGAGCAGACUCCCGACAAAUCUGCCCAACGCCCAAGUCCGGAAUAUGUCGAAUGCAUGCGUCGGUUGCAAGCUAACCUGGGCUAUCUCGCAACCGUGGCCGAUCGCGCCAAAAAGUCAGGUGGUGUUGCUCCCAGCGCCCCUGCGAUUUUGACGCCGCCACCGAACAUGCCCUCGAUGAACGAAGUCUACAACCGACUUAGUGAGCUCUUUCCCCGCUCGGCACAGGGUAGCAUAGGGACUUCUCAGCCUAGUCACCAGGCCUUACAAGGCAACGGGCGGCCCAGUCCUUCUCAUGCUACCGAGACAGUUGUCUGAACACCUGCGCCGUGGUAGAGGAAGAAGUCAGGCUCUUUGGCAAUCCUUGAGGGCUCUUGGCGACGGGCGCAAAUGUUGCCCAUUAGAAGACUCCAAUUGAGCGCUUCUGUAACGAAUCGGAAGCUGGGAAGCUGCCCUGUCGCCUCUGUCGCGUACUGGGAGCUAGCAUCGACAAAGAAAGCGAGACGACUGGACUUG